UGUCAGCUUUCCUUCAGCCCGUGUGCUCUGCAGUGUUCUGCAGUGAGGAACGGCUGACGGAUCGCCCCAGGAAGCUGUCUGGCUGUGCUUCGCCCAGGGCUCCUGCCUAGCUGCCUGCCUCUGCCCCAGGCCCUGGCCUGACUGCUGCCUGGCUGAGCUCCCUAGUUUCUGGGCCAUUUGCCCAAUCUGUCAGGCUAGUUCCCCAGGCCCUGGCUGAGAAACCCCCAGGCUCUGCCUGGCCUGGCUCCCCAGGACUAAGCUGAAAUCUCCAGCCUCCCUCGGCCAAGUUCCUCAACCUCCCCACCAGGCUUUGGUGUCGAGACCCAGCCUAGUUACUACAGGCUUCACCUCGGGCCCUGUUCCCCAGGCUUGGCCUCAGGGCCCGGCCGAAUAGCCUAGGACUGGGUCCAGCUCCACAGGUCUACUUCCCCAGGAUUGAGUCUAGUUCCUCAGCCUCACCACUAGUUAUUUCUCCAGGCUCUCCUCCAGGCCUAAUUUCCUGGCUUUGGCCUCAGGACCAGGCCAAGAUCCACAGCUUUCACCCCAAGCACCAUUUAUCAGGCUUUGGCCUCAGGACUAGGCCUAGUUGUCCAGGAUUUGGCCUAGGGUUAAGGCUCAGUACUCAGGCUCCUCCAGGUGUAGUUCCCCAGGCUUUGGCCUCAAGAUACGGCCUCGUUCUUCAGGUGCUUCUGGCUCAAUAACCAACCCCCUCCACCUCAGAUCUGGAGAGGAUGCUGGCUGCUCAGGAGAUGGCCCAGCUCUACCAGACAGCCUUCGUGCGCAGCGCCCGGGCAGUGGGGGCGCUCUGGGCCGUCUGCUCACUCUGCUUCACCCUGCUGGAGGUGGUGGUGCUGGCUGAGCCAGCCUGGCUAGUGGCGAAGGGCGUCCGAGGGACGGAGGGUGGGACCCUCGGCCUCUUCCGGUCCUGUGUCGAGACAGGCAGCCCGGCCCGGUGCUGGGGCUCGGUCUUCCGACUCCGGCCGCUGCCCCCCUUCGAGACGGCGGCCUCCUUCGUGGGAACGGCGCUGGGGCUGGGACUGGCCAGUGUCCUCUCCCUCGGCCUCCACCGCUUCUGCAGCAACGCCACCCUCUAUAAGGUCUGCGGCUGGCUCCAGCUCUCUGCCGCCAGCUGCCAGGCCCUGGGCUGCCUGACCUUCGCAGACAGCUGGGACUCGCAGGAGGUGCGGGAGCUCUGUGGCCCGGCGGCUGCCCCCUUCUCCCCGGGACACUGCACCCUGCACUGGGCCUUCACGCUGGCCCUCAUCGGCAUCUUUGACGCCCUUGUCCUCUCCGCCCUCGCCUUCGUCCUGGCCAGCCGGCAAGACACCCUGCUACCCGAGAACUUCAGCGUCAAGGACAAAGCCGGAGUGUUGUGAGGAGACGGGUCCCCGGCGAAGACCCAGAGACGGUGAACAGAACCUUCCCCACCCCC